CCGCCUCGGCAGGGCGGCGCUGUGAAGGGGGCGUGUGACGCCAGCUGCCGGCUGCUGCCUUUUCCUCCUGCUCCUUCCUCUCCUUCAGUCCGCCUUUCCUUCUCCGCUUAUUUAGGCUCGGUCGCCGCUUUUCCGCGCCGCUUCCUCGCGCGCUUUCUUCUUCGUCGCCGCCUCCCUCCCUCCUUCCUUCCUCCCUUCAUUCCUUCCAUGGCAUUCAGGCGGGUUGUUGCGGUGGCCGCGGCCGCCGCUUGCGGUUUGGCGGGAGGCUCUGUCUUCUUCUCUGCGGUGCCUCUCGGGAAGCAGCAGCAGCAGCAGGUGGUGGGUAAAAGCUCCGGCGACGCCCCGGUUCCCCUACCUCCGUCCGCGGCUCCUCCUCCGGGGCUGCUGCUUCUGUCUUCGCCGGCCAACGCAGCCUCCUGCCCCGCCACGGCACCUGGCUGGCUGGAGAAGCCCAACUGCGGCUAUUGGGAUGACAACUGGGACAGGAGAGAACCACUGGCUCUUAUGAACCUGAAAAAGAAAAAUGAAGAGACUGGGGAAGAGGAGGACUCAUCUCAUCUAGCCCACUACAAAGCAAAAGCUACCAGACACAUAUUCCUCAUACGCCAUUCUCAGUACAACACAGAUGGCAACAGUGAUAAAGAGAGAAUUCUGACCAAGCUUGGUCGGGAACAAGCUGAGUUGACAGGGCAAAGGCUUGCAAGCUUGGGACUGAAAUUUGAUAAAAUUGUCCAUUCUUCUAUGACCAGAGCAACUGAAACAACCAACAUCAUCAGCAAGCAUCUUCCUGGGGUGAAGAAAUCGAGCACUGACCUUCUGCGUGAAGGAGCUCCAAUUGAACCAAAUCCUCCUAGUUCCCACUGGAAGCCAGAAGCUGUGCAGUAUUACGAAGAUGGGGCUCGGAUUGAAGCUGCCUUCCGAAACUACAUUCAUAGGGCUGAUGUAAAGCAGGAAGAGGAUAGCUAUGAAAUCUAUGUCUGUCAUGCUAAUGUCAUUCGUUACAUAGUUUGCAGAGCUUUACAAUUUCCUCCCGAAGGUUGGCUUCGGAUAUCCCUCAACAAUGGCAGCAUCACCCACUUGGUCAUCCGCCCUAGUGGCAAAGUGGCGCUUCGAUUGCUCGGUGACACAGGCUUUAUGCCUCCUGAGAAAAUCACACGCACCUGAGUGGGCCUUUGCUGGUGCCGCUGUGGUGUACAAGGUUAUGGCUUGGUAGGAAAUUGCGUUUCACAGUGUACUCGGUGAAUGCCUACUCUUUCCCCCACUUCAUUUAUCUGUAAAUAGAAGGGCUGUUCAGCACUGCUGUGUUCAUGGUGCAUUUGGCACAUUCCAGAAAGUACUUCUGCAGUACAGUCUCCUGCACCAUUAAAAUGAAUGGAGACUUUACAGUUGUACUUAAUGAACCUAAAACCAGAGAAUCUACAUACUUAACUCAUGUGAGGGUGCCACUUCCCUGGCUGCAACAGGAAAGGUUCCCAGGCUACUUACCAAAGCAUAUUGCUGUGUGUAGAGAUGAUCCCCCCCCUCUCUUCCGUGGAAAGAGGAUAUAGAAAUACCACAGGAUUAGAAAGCAAUUCUUUUCUUUGGUAAUCGGCAAAAUUAUUUUUGCUAGAUCAGUAAGAGGGGGGUGGGGCAGAGCGGUUUCAGCAACUACAAUUGUGGCUGAGUUUUCAUAACUUAAUAAUUUAGCUCCCUGUGUUACUUUAGAGCAAAGGUUGGAAGCUGAAGAUGUUCCAAAGGCAUGUAUUAGAGGGAUGGUGCCAUACACACCAGUUGGUGGGAACGAAGGAGUAGAAUAUGAUGCUGCAAUGGCUGUUUGAAGAGCCUUUCUCACGAUGGUAUCCAAGGUGAAGAGAAACUAUCUAAAAGGAGACUGGACUUUAUUCUUUUCUUCUUGCCCUUCAAUAUCACAUGAUUGUUCUUAUAUGAAAAUGAGUUUUCCCGUUUGCUUUACAAAUGCCCCCCUCACACAAUUAGUGUAAAAGUCUAAAUUGAAUCACUCCCCAAGGCCUGGACUUAUUAGCAGUAGUUGUGGUUACAUGUAAUUUGUCAUUAUUCCCAUUGAGGCAAAGUACACCUGAGGACAUGGGUGCUAAACUAAAUUUAGAAGUGAGCCUCAUCUUUACCGCCCCCAAGAGCAUAGCCUGCACUAUUUCUUCAGCAUGCUUAGUUGUCUUAUAAUGUAUCAAAACUACUUUUUGAAAUGGAAUCUGCUGUUGGUGAAAUGCUACCUGGAAAAAGGUGGUGGUCUGUCUUUCAAUCAAUGCAAACAAAGUUAUCUUUGUAAAAUAUCUGCAAAUAUAGUUUUUUUAACUUUCACAAGGCUUCCUUGAAAUUAAGAGUUGCUAGCACCAGGUACAGGGCCCCCACUGUUCUUGUUUAUUUCUCCUGUUUUGUGUUGUAUGUAGGAAUGUGCAGACAAUACCAUCACUAAGGAACUAUAAUAAGCAGCAGUUAGCGUAAGCACUCUGCUGUAUCAGACCAAACCAGUCCAGCAUUUUCUCACAGCAGACAGACAUGAAGGCAAUGACACUCUUCCACUCAUAACAAGCAGCUGGCGGUAGCUACCUUCAAACGUGGUGGGUAUACGGGCAUUACGACUAGUAGUUGUUGAGAGUCCUAUCCUCUAUGAAUUGAGUGCAAGUUUAUUAUUUUUGAAGCCUGAUUCUACCAGGUUGCUGACGAUAUUGCUCAGGGGCUGGGGGGCGAGAAUGAAGUCCAAUAUGCAAAAGAAAAUAUUUGCAACACACAAGCACUAAAUAGAGGCAAGAGCUUUUUAAAUAAACAAAUUUAAUAAGAUUGUUAAAAAUUCACUUGAACACAUUGACAAAAAGGACUUGAAUGUGAAUUCUAAACAUUGAUAUGUUUCUAACACCAACCCUUUAGACACCCCCCCCCGGGCAAGUGUUACAAACUGAUGGGCUUGUGCUGCUGCAACACAGGGUUAUAUCCAGUGUGAGUCAUACUGAGAGUACACCCAUUGAAAUUAAUGAGCGUGACUAACUUGGGUCCUUUAAUUUCAUUGGGUCUGCUCCAAGUAUGACUUGGUCACUACAACCCCUACUCUUAAAUACAAAAAGGUAUGCAUAACAAGGAUAAAGCAAAGAAGUUACAACAAAACACUGUCAAUUUCUUAAAGUUGGUUCUCUUCUAAAACCAACAGUCUGAAGAUUCUAAGCAAGAAUGCUCUUUAUGCACCAUAGAGAGCUUCACGUAAGGGAACAGUGGCAUAUAUUCGCUUAAAGAUCAGUGAGUGUUGAGAGCUUAUUUUCAAUAUUGUGGAAGGCUUCGUACCUCAGUGUUUUUAGCAAGCUAUUUUAAGUUGGUUUAGAUUUCCUAGAUAACUAUAUACCAUGGUGAAAGAUUUAUAAAAGCUGACUUCUAAAUUAAGCACAUCUAAAUAUUCCACUACAAAAGUCAAGAAAUUACUUCUAUAGUCUCUUGUCAAAGUCAUAGAAACCUAUAUUAGAAGGCAGCUUCAAUAUGUAUAUCUGUUGAACAGCACUCUAAUUUAUUGGAAAAUUAUACAGAAAAGAAUAGUCAUGUAAGGGAAUUGAAGUGCACCCAAGAGAGGCUGUAUAUUUGCAUGCCCAUUUAAACAAUGGGAUUAUGAUAAAGACCCAGCCAAUCUGGAAAUAUUUAUUCUGUAAUUUACAUUUAGACCACCUACAUUAAAUAUACAAAAUAAUAAAUGGAUGGUUACAGCAUCUCUUCAAGUCUUUAAACUAUAAGGGAACAGCUUAAAAAAACCUCCAUCCAAAAGUGUUGGAAAGUUAAACAUGGUUACUGCUUACAUAAGAGAACAGCACUUAUUAAAAAGCAAGAUAAAAAUGUUACAAAAGGCACUAAUAAAACUGGAAGAAUCUUAAGUGCGGUUCUGGAGUUUUGUACCAAAACAUCAUACAAAAUGCUCACACUUGAUAUAAGGAAGCCACGAAAGCUCUAUGUGCAGUAGAGAUCUAGGCUACUAAAAAGGCUUGCAGUGAAUACAGAAGGUCUGAAGAAGUCAUUCCAAAAUGUCAAAACUUCAGCUGCCCGAAGGUUGACAUUUUAAUGGCAGCUGCAUUAUCUAUUCCAGAAGUCUCCAAAAGGGAAUUAGUUUUCCUGUAGCUAACAAACUUAACUUUUAAAUGAAAGGCCAAUGCUAAUGUGCCCCCCUCAACCCCGAAGAACAGCAAAAUCUGCCCAUGAUAUUCAUUUCUAUCAUUAAGAACAUAGGACACUAAAGUGUUUGGCUCUUUUAAAAUAUCUUUAAUUAGAUAAAUUAACAAACCAUAAAUUUGCAGUCUACAUACAUAGAAAAGAGCUUUCCUCCUUUCAGCUCAACUGGAAGACCUUAAAACUUGACAACUUGCCUUGAGUUCCCUUUAGUCUACAGUGAAAGGGAUCCCAGUGAGAAGCACUGUACAAUUAGUAAAAUGGACAUGGAUAAAUGCCCAAGAAAAGUAGGUUCUAGGAAAUUUAAUUUAUUCAUCUGCAAAUCACCAAUAAUCCGGUAAAUGGAAUAAAAAAUAUUUGCUACAAGCAGCCCUUUCUCUGACAAUAAUAAAUAAAAUGAGUCUGGGGUACAUUAUUUGUGUGUUUUAACACCCUAUUUUACCCCUUCCUUUUAAAAAUACUUAACUGAAAUUUUUAAAAGAGUCACAUUCUAAUUGAUGAGCGGGUGCUUAGAAGUGAUGGCGCUUAGAUAACAUAACAUAGUUCACAUAUGCUGGGCUGUACCAUCCAGGGCUCCCAGAAUCAGGUGAGAAGCUGGCAGCACCUACAUUGUACUUCCCAGGACUACCAAAUACUGGACUGCUCUUUCCUGGGCUACAGCAUGCCAGACCACUUGAAGGGCUUGAAGCUAUUUGAGACUUGAAUCUUCCUUUUAUUGAUGGAGUUGACCAACUGGAAGAAAAGACAACACUUUUUAUAUAUCAGGAAAAUGUAACAAGGUGGGGAAAUUUAAUUGCUGUGAGAACCUUUGUUCUAGAUAUCAAUAUUAACACCCACAUAUAGUUGAGACAUCAUAUUUAAAUGGGAGCAUUUAUCACAGAGUAUCAUUUGUAAGUAAAUUGGCUGUUGUCUUCUAAGAAAGACCUUGUCCAGGUGGUUAUGCUUUGAGUACACAAAUAAAACAGUUUAGUUGUUCUUAGUAUUAUGCAAGAGUUGACACUUGCUCCUCUAGCCUAGAGGUCAGCCAGGUUCUGGUGGGAAAAGUGGAGGGUUCAUUAGUCUUGGAGCUGUGAACCCUUAAAGUAGCUGCAGAGUUUUGACCUGACCCUGUGUUUUCCUCUGUCCCAUCUCCAAGCUGGAAGUAAACACUUCAGCUUGUACUUGCACACAACAGGAUUGCCAACUGCCUGUCAAGUACAGAAGAAGGCACUAUGCCUCUCCCUCAUGUUUCAAGCUGAGGAGAGAAGGCAGAGGGAAUUUCCUACCCUGCCAGUAAGAACUAGCUACUGGGGAAAGUUGGGAAACAUACUGGCCAAUUAGUUUGUUAGCAAGCAUUAUGCCACGCCACAGUCGCCACAUUGUAAACCUAUAAGCCCUUAUCACACAGACCAGGUAUAGUCCUUAUAGCAAGCCAUACCCAUGGAGCACAUCAGCUAACUUUUAUUGAAACCAAGUAUACCUUUGCCGGUCAGGAGGAGCGUAGGACUGAACGGACACACUCCACUUGUAAACAGCAGGGUAUUUUUGUGGGUCAAUCUCCAACCCAUGUAAUGCUGUUAACACAUCAUUGUCCAGCUUUGUAGGCUGCUCCCUAGAGACAGAAAGGGAACCAGAUUAGGAAAACAGAAUCUGGCAGUGCCACAAUCCCCAAUGAUUAUUGCCCACAAGACAAAAGGUCAGUUUGUUAAGCAACAGUCCAUUUCAUACCCUAAGAGAAACAGCUGCUUGGCUUUUUCAUUUGAGGGUGAGACUUUGAGGAGACACUGCGAGGACAUCUCGAACUGCAAUUCAGAAUUGCAAGACUGUUUUGUCUCCCCUCCCCAGACAUCAGUUUCUGCUGACAGCCUCCCCGCUUCUAGUGGUGUUUUUUCUCCUGUCCUUAUUUUUGUAUCCUCAGCAGCUGCACCUGCCUUGAGAAGCGGUGAAUAAGUCUUAGUGAGAUGGUCCUUAGGUUUUCUAAGCUGCCUUGUACUUUCCAUCUGAGCACUCCCACACCCGCUUUUUGUGGCAGCCUGGCUUGGCUUCUCUGGUGAACAUUCUCCUGCCACCAUCUGAUCCUGACAAGACAGCUUAUCAAAUUCUUCCAUUAAAUUGGAGACCGGAGACUGAAGGCACUCUUCUCCUCGACUUGGGUGCCUCCUAUGAGGAUUUACUGUCCUAUCACUGGUCACAGUGCUACACAAUCCAUUUUUACUGGCAGGAACUCCUUUCUCCAAGUGCCUAUCAGAAGUUUCUGCUGUAGGCAAUAUGCUUUCAGUCCGCUCAAUGGACAGGAUGUCACACUCUGAGCUUCUGAUGUCAGUGAUGGUUGGUUCAUUGGAUGCAACGGUUCGGCUGCAAUUUCUGGCAGCAUUCUGCCUGUUCUUGACUUCUUCCAAACUCAUAUCAUCAUCAUCAAGAAAUGCCCCAACGGAAAUAGAAUUGCAGCUUUUUUUACUUUUGCCUUUAAAACAAAAUAAAAUAAUUUUGGUGUGUGGCAUCUCA